UUAAAAUAUGUCUUAAAGUAACAUGUAUGAAAUAGCAGUGAUCGGCUGCGGGGUUAUAGGUUUAACAAGUGCCUUAUCCAUACAGGAGAGAUUAAAAAAUGUGAAAGUGACGAUUUUUACUAGGGAUAAAAGUCCUAAUACCACUGGUGACAUAGCUGCUGGGUAUUGGGAACCGUACAUGGUAGGUGACACACCACCAGCGCAAAUAACCAGGUGGGGUAAAGCUACUUACGAUUACAUUUUAAAGUUAUGGAAAGAAGGCAAAGCUAAAGAAGCUGGUAUAUCGCUUAUAAUCAGUCGCAUUAUUUCUGACAGAAAAGACGUCGAAAAUCCUUUUUGGAAGGAUGUGGUCUUGGGAUAUUCAAAUCUAUCCAGAGAAUACUUAGAUAAGUUUGGUAAGGUGGGAAAUAGGAAAUUUAUUAGUGGAUUUGAGUUCCUCAGUUUCACCUGGGAGGCUUCGAUUUUCCUGCCGUUUUUGGAACAGAAAUUUCUCAUGAAUGGUGGUGUAAUAGUAAGGAAGGAAAUAAGGGAUUUCAAAGAGCUAGAAGAUUUUGAUGUAAUCGUGAAUUGUACUGGGUUGGAUGCCAAGGAUCUUACAGGUGACACUAAAUUGUGUCCACUUAGAGGCCAAAUAGCCAGAGUGUCAGCUUCGUGGAUGUUCUAUUUAUUUUUAAUAGACAGUGAACAUGACAGGAGCUGCUACGUUAUACCGAACAUACAUUGCGUUAUUUUGGGAGGAACGAGUCAACCUGCCUAUAAUCUGGAAGUUGAUGAAGUGGAUAAAAAGAACAUAUUCAGGAACUGUUCGGAGCUAGUUCCAGCGUUGGCGACGGCCGAAGUAAUUAAGCAUCAGGUUGGCUUGCGGCCAGGCCGAGAGCGGGUGCGAUUGGAAAUAGAAAUUAAGCCAGGGGGAAAGAAUGGCCUCCUCCGAAUAGUGCACAAUUAUGGGCAUGGGGGCGCAGGGAUAACCCUGUCUAUCGGAUGUGCCGAGGACUGCGCGAAAUUGGUAGAGCGGGCCCUCAAUCAGACUAAUCUCAGGAACAAGCUGUAGGGGUGGGCGCAAGGAGGUGUUGCAAUGAGAAGAAUUGCUCCAACAUUUGUUUCCUUUUGUUCGGUGUUCGUUCGAAAGGGAAUAAUAAAAAAUAGUUACAUUCA